GUGAAUGUCCAGGGGAGAUGAACCUACUGGCCAAGUCCGCCGGAGUCAGAGGGUGCUGACGCGGACAACAAAGCGGAUGAGCAAGAAGACAAGCGUGAGAAUGUUUCCAAGCCGCAACAAGUUCGUGCAUGGAGUCACACGUCUCUUCAGUCAGUCCACGGCAGCGGAUUAUUUCCUGAGACUCGUUCCUGCAAACAGACCAGCUGGAGUCCUCGGGGAAGAAACAUAUCACAUAUCUGCCUGCAGUUUCCCGCGACGCCGGUGACGACAAUCGAUGAAUGCUUGGAUUAUGCGACAGGAGAGGGCGGAAGCGAUACGGGAGUGACAAUUGGCGGACACGAGGCAGGUGCCCGAGAGCGGUGUAAUGUGCAUAGUGACAAUGUAUUCGACAAUGCGUCAUUCCUCAAAUUAGGUGGGAAAACUGAGUGCGGGAGAGAAAGAGCAGAUUACUGCGCUGUCGGUAACUGAUUUGUCGUCAAAGUCGGAUAGAGGUUUUAUUGAACUGAAGGUGAGGAAGAAAGACAAGAGAGAGAAGGCCAAGGUGCGCCUGAGCGUUGAGCAAGCUGGCCGUCGGAGACGGAACUUGAUGCAGGUGUUCUCGCGAUAUUUGAAGCAGUAUCGAGCAUGAUAUAGCCCUGAACCAAGAAAGACGAGAAAGCUGUCAAGGUUCCCAGAGCAUAUCACAGCGUUUGAUGUUUUGAGAGGGGAGUGACACCAAUAUUUGUAUCGUCACGAGCCGACUCCUCGACUACACAGCGGGGGUGCAGAAGGCAUACGUUAUAAGAGGUGGCAGGCGUACAAUGGGGGUGAUUGAGAAGGAGCUCUUGCUUGGUCAAGUAGCGGAUCAGAAGAUGGUCGGUGGAUUGGCCUUUCCAGAGGUUUUAGUUCCAUCGGACCCGUCCCAAGAUGUUGACGCGAAGGCCGUGGCUGCGUCUGUCAAGCAGAACAAGGAUUUCAUCCAGCAGAUCUUGCAUAAGAACGGAGGAAUCUUAUUUCGCGGUUUCGGAUUGAGAACUGCAGCGGAUUUUAAUGAUUUUGUUGACGCUUUUGGGUACGAAGAAUUGCCUUACGUGGGAGGGGCUGCUCCUCGAACGAACGUGGUCGGACGAGUCUUCACAUCUAACGAGUCACCUCCCGAUCAAAAAAUUCCUUUUCAUCACGAAAUGGCUCAGGUACCAGAGCACCCAGCUAAAAUUUUCUUCUUCUGCGAGGUGGAAUCGAUUCAAGGUGGAGAAACUCCAAUUGUAUUAAGUCAUCUUGUUUAUGACCGGAUGUCGAAAGAGUGGCCGGAGUUUGUCCAGGAAUUGGAAGAAAAGGGCUUGCUAUACAACCGAGUCUUGGGAGAAGGAGAUGAUCCCUCCUCUCCCAUUGGCAGAGGCUGGCAAUCUACUUUCUUAACGAAAGACAGAGAAGAAGCGGAAAAGAGAGCUGCGAAGUUGGGCAUGAACCUCGAGUGGUUGGAAGAUGGUGUCAAAACAGUUUCGGGACCAAUUCCAGCCGUAAAGCUUGAUGAGGCACAUCAUCGUAAGGUGUGGUUCAACAGCAUGGUGGCAGCUUACACUGGCUGGGAAGAUGCACGAAACGUAGCUGAAAAGGCAGUGACAUUUGGAGAUGGUUCUCCUUUACCAAAAGAUGCAGUGAUGGCUUGCCUUCAGAUCUUGACUGACGAGAGUGUGGCGAUUCCAUGGCAGAAAGGAGAUGUGUUAUUGCUUGACAAUGUCCAAGUGCAACAUGCACGCAAACCAUUUGUGCCUCCUCGGAGGGUGCUCGCAGCUUUAGCCAAAUAAUAAUGUGCCCAGAACUGCAAAGCGGAUGUGUAGCUAGCAUGAAAUCACAGCAUACCUUUUGUCGCCCAAAAAUUGUGGUAAACUAUGUACAGUUUCAGGAGAUAUUUCACAUUGUAGACUAAUUCUGAUAGUAGACACCAGAAAGAUAUUAUACUUAGCUCUGUCUCAAUAUCACUAUGAGCACCACAGUGAUCAAUUGCUUGGACUAGAACGAUCAUGCGUUCGGCAUUUGAAGUCUCUUGAAGAAUGUAUGUCUUGCUAUUUUAAUUAAAUUCACAAUAGUUAGUCUUCUCUCAAGCUUUCAAGAAUGAACUUUGGAGAUACGACAUGACAUAUGGGACCUUCAUGAAAAAUAAAUGUUCAUUUUUUUUUAGAACAUGUCU